AUGGAGACAAACAAGACGCAGUUGACUGAAUUUGUCCUCACAGGACUAACAGAUCGUCCAGAGCUGCAGGUGCCCCUGUUCCUGCUGUUCUUGGUAAUUUACAUCAUCACCAUGGUGGGCAACCUUGGACUGAUUUUUCUCAUUUGGAAGAACCCACAUCUUCACACCCCAAUGUACUUCUUCCUCGGUGCCUUAGCCUUUGCAGAUGCUAGCACUUCAUCCUCUGUGACUCCCAAGAUGCUUAUGAAUUUUUUAUCUAAGAAUCAUAUGAUAUCCUUGGUUGAGUGCAUCACCCAAUUUUACAGUUUUGCUUCUAGUGCGACCACGGAAUGUUUUCUCCUGGUCAUGAUGGCCUAUGACCGCUAUGUGGCCAUAUGUAAUCCCUUACUUUAUCCAGUGGUGAUGUCCAGCAGACUCUGCACUUGCCUCAUAAGUGUCUCCUAUGUUAUUGGUUUUCUACAUUCCACAAUCCAUAUAGGAUUAUUAUUUAGAUUAACCUUCUGCAAGUCCAAUAGGAUACAUCAUUUCUACUGUGAAAUCAUGCCUCUGUACACAAUUUCUUGCACUGACACAUCACUUAAUGAAUUAGUACUUUUUAUUUUGGCCACUCUCAUACAAGAACUUUCUUUCCUGAGUAUCAUAGUCUCUUAUACCCGUGUUCUCUUUGCCAUCCUGCGGAAGAAGUCUGGGACGGGCAGAAGCAAAGCCUUCUCCACAUGCAGUGCCCACCUGCUCUCUGUUUUCUUGUUCUAUGGCACACUAUUCUUCAUGUAUGUUCGCCCUGGUUCUGGUUCAGAUAAAUAUCAGGAUAAAAUGUAUUCACUGUUCUACACAAUUAUAAUUCCUCUGCUAAACCCUUUUAUUUACAGUCUUAGAAACAAGGAAGUUUUAGGUGCAUUGAGAAAAAUGAUAAAUAAAUGA